AUUUAAUAAGUAAUACGCAAUCGUAUGGGCGACUAUAUUCCGUGACUAUCAUAUAAUAUUUAAACCUCUAUACUUCUAUUUUCUACGUUUCCUCCCAGUAUUUUGUAUACAUACGUACCCUUAGUUUAAUCCUAUACGCCCACACACCUCUAUAUCUUUCGACAUCCCCAUCAAAGCUCUAUAUUAAACAAGCUAAACCGAACGGUUAAUCCAUAAAUAUAAUAAUCCGAUGGACACCAUGGGGAAUUCCCUAGCGCAAUUGGGGGUCCAGUACAUACCGUCAACUGGGGGCUGUAUGCUGGACUUGGCCGCCAUACCCUCCCACAUAUUCAACUCUUGCAGCGCUGUUCACAUCCGCAUCCCAGAAGCUCAGCACCACGUCGAGGUUAACUCGAACAUGAUCUGCAUUAAGCCCAGCCAGCCAGCCGGCUCCAGGCCCAGGCGCUGCCAUCUAUCGUGAACAGUACAUGUAUCCGAACGUGGUGGUACCAACAGAUCUCCCUUAUGCAUCGCCGAAGAACCACCACAAGCAACUGCUGCCUUCAUUUAAUGCCCCAGAAAACCCCGUACAUCACCCUUUACCAGAGCCGGAUAACAGUAAACCCGCGAGCCUUGAUACACCGAAUGAUUCUCAUAAAGACUCGGCGCCGAGUUUACGGACGUUUGUGCAGACGACACGUUGGUCUACUGUAACUACUACGCAUACCGAUUCGCUAUCUCCCCAGGUUACGCAUGUCUUACAAUCACCGACUGUAACAACUACUUCCUGCACUACCCACCUCCACACCCCCGGGCCUUCAACAACAACAACAACACCUGUAGUCCACGCCCCCACGCCAUCUACACUAACAACACGAACCCUACUCCCAUCAUCACCACCAUCCCAAGAAUCCCCCACCCCCACCUCCCAACCAGCCCGCCCCGCCGUCAUACCCCCACCAUUCCCCCUUCCGGAACCAGAACCAGUCCC